AUGAAUUCAUCUUGCCGCUCAGUGACAUCAAUUUGUAAUGACGUCAUUGCGGUUACGGUCUCGUCAGCGGUCAGCAAGUUUGAUCAAGUGUUGGUCUCAGAUGAGGUCUUAGUGACAUUCACGUCUGUGGUCGACACCUGGUCUUCCCUCGUCAUCGCCUUUCUGGGAAUCGUCUGCAAUGUGCUGACGAUCAUCGUCUUCGCUGGCCUUGGGUUCAAGGACACUGUCAAUAUCACUAUGACGGUCAUCGCUUUUUGGGAUCUGGUUCGAGUCUUGUGCGGCGCUAUCCACAGGUGCUACGGCCCUUUGUCUCUUUUGUCUCCAACUCUGGGUAAAUCCUGGCAGAACAUCACCAUACCUAACGUCAAUUCUCUGCAGAACAUCGCCUCGAACGUCGCCUAUGUUAUCGGAGGCUACGUCGCAUUAGAGAGAUGCCUCUGCAUCAGCUUCCCUUUCCGGGUCAAAUCUCUGAUGACGCCGAAAGUCACGUGGUUAGCUUGCUCUGCUCUGUCAAUCAUUGUGCUGGCCUCACUGUUUCCUUCUCUUUUUCUCUUAGAGAUUCAAUGGAUGAAGUCGACGGGUCAAGACGAGCUAGUAGCUAUUUAUCGGUAUUCGACAUUUUAUUUCACUUAUGGGCUGGCGUAUAUGAACUUCUAUAAAUACUUUAACCUGCUAUAUCCAUUUAUCAGUCUCUCCGUCAUGGUGGUAAGUACUGCAAUCAUUGCGUAUACUCUUGGAAAAUCCUCGAGAUUCAGAAAGAAGAUGCUUAAAACGCCAACAACGCCCAAGCAGGGAACACAAAGUACCUCCACACUGACCAAACGAGACGUCCAGGUGGUCAAAAUGCUUCUGUUGGUCAUCGUGAGCUACAUACUAGUCCUGGUACCAAGAGUGACCACAUUUAUGGUCCAACUGUUUGAGCCAGAGUUCAUCGUACUUAGGUUUUAUAAUAACAUUUUCCGACUUAUAGUGGGCGUGAUCCUCUUUCUGGACUUUGUUAACUCCUCUUCUGGUCUUGCUAUUUAUUAUUUUAUGAGUUCUAAAUUUAGGUCUAGAAUACAAUGGAUAGUCAGAAAUGCAGUUAUUGGCUGUAGUUGUUCAACAUUUAAAUAA